GUUGUCAAUUGCAUUUAAAGAAAAGGAUGUAUACAAGCUAAAAGCACUGGCAGAAAAUAAAAGGAAAUAUGAGAUAAGGAUGUAGAAAUUUUAAUCGAGAUUUUCGAUAAAUCGAAAAUGAGUGUAAUACAUAAGUAACCUCGAAUUUUACGAUUCGAUAUAUCGUUUAAUAUGAUAUAAAAUGCGAUAAUUGCAUUUCAAAGGGAGAGUCUGAUAAAAUUCUAGCACACAUCUCUUUGUUGGGAUUAAAUGAUUUAUACAGUUUUAUAAAUAUCGUAUUUAUUUAAUAAUCAAAUUAUAAUUUAGUCGAACGUAAGACUUAUCAUUUUCUUAACUUGGAUAGGUGAGGAAUUGUAUGUUUUUAUGCAGAAAGGAGAUACAAAGAAUAUGAUAUUCUCUAUGGGAAAAUAAUUUAUAUAUAUAUAUAAUAUAAUGUAGCUUGUGUGUGUAUGUGUGUAGAAGAAAAUUUCAAUUUUAAUAUUAAACUUUAAUUCUGUCGAAAUUCUACAUUGCAAUUAUAAUGGACAACCUUAUAAAGGAAUUGGAAGGCUUAAAGAUAGCAGGAACUAUAAUAGAUGAAGGACUAUGGUCGAAAUGCAUUAAUCUUGUAGAAAAUAAUUUUGUACCACAGAAAGAAUGUGGCAAUGAACGACCAUGCGAGGAAAAAGACUUCAGUGAAUAUAGAAUUAUAGUGGAUAGAAAUUUAAACAAUAUUAAAUUUAUGUUAGAACAUAUUAUACAAAGUUAUAAUGAAACUAAUAUACGAAUAGAUUAUGAUAAUAUAUUAGUGAAAACAUUUGCUAUGAAUUUAAUAUACUUGAUUGGAGAAAUGCAUGAGAAAAAUAUUUGGAACACUGUAGAAUCAGUGGCAAUCUCCAAAGAAUUAACUGCAUGUUUCUGUCAGUUAUAUUGUUAUUUAAACGUUUCACAAUUUUUAUUUGAAAAUAAUAAUCUUAGUAUGAUACUAGAAAAGUUUAGAUACAAAUUGCAACGUGACAAUUGGAAAACCUAUCCAUCUGCUGUUGCAUGGUACAAAUGGAUGCUACAACAAUUAAAGGGAUUGAAUUCAUCCGAGCAUAUUCGUGAGAUACUUCCAACAUCUCUAAUAAUUAUUGAUGAUUAUGUACCCGAAAAUGUAGUCAUAGGAUUAGAAUGCUUACAUCAAAUUACAAAUUACUCUCAGCCAUCUUUGAAAAAGGGAUUUAUAGAUACUGGUUAUGCAGAAGCAGUUUAUUAUACAUUAGAACGUCUAGCUCAUCAAAGAAAUGUGAAAUAUGUUGUGCCCUUGUAUUUAUGUUUAACAAAUAUCUUAGAAAUGCUGGACAUGUAUGAUAAUAAUAAGAAUAUGUUUGAGUGGACUAAACGAGAUGAAAUACUUUCAAUAUUAUUAAGUCAUAUGGAAUUUGAACGAGAUGUAGAAUUACGGCAUGCUUAUAUGUUAAGUUUACCAAAACUUCUUAACAUUGGUAGUACCAAAUGGUGUGAAAAAAUUGCAAGAAUACUUUCUGAUUAUUGUGAACAUCAUACAGAUCUUAGAACUUUAAAAGUUACGCUAAAGGCUGGCAAAGCUUAUCUUGCGAUGUUUAACUUUCGAAUAGCGGCACACUGUAUAUCGCUGUAUACAGCAUUCCUGAAGUUACAUUUCGAUUUAAUAAAAAUACCAACAUUUGAUAUGGAAAUAGUGCAAUAUUUAGAAGAUUGUAUUUAUUAUCUCUAUAAAUAUGCGCCCAAUAUAGGCUGUGCUCUUAUAAAAGACGAUCGUUUGCGUAUAAUGAUUAAAAGCAAGGUUCAAAUACAAUGUCUAGGUGAUAAUAAAUAUCUAGAAUAAAUGUUCUAAGUCAUUUUAUAUCAUAAUAUUAUCCAAUUAAUAGAUAACAAGUGAUGAAUCUGUAAUCUUAUACAAAUUUGUAGAAUUCAACGUAUAGAAAAUUGUACUUUGUACUUAGAAAUCUUUUUGUGAUAUGAACAAAGUUAACGUAUAUUAUUUGUAUCUCAAAAUACAACCUUUUAUCAUAA